CGGCGGGCUGCUCGUCGCCACCUGCGCGCUUCUCUCACGGUGGGCUUCAAUGGCUUUAGUGGCUCAAAGCGGGAAACGGGCGUCACUGAGAGGAAUUCGACGUUUGCGUGAUAGUUGCACAGCACCGAGCUUCUUCUUGGCCGCGCAUGCGCGCAAGUAGAGCCGCGUUGGUUGGGCUGGCUGUUGUUGUGGAGCAGUGAGAAGUUUCCUGCCCUGAGGUCAGAGGUCAGAGGUCAGACCGAGAAGGCGAAGCACUAGCUAGCAGUCCGCGGACACGAUGGCGCGUCUGUCCCGCGGGGCGGCGUGGGCUCGGCUGCUGGCCGCCCCCGGGGGGGGUCGGGGGGUCCGAGGGCUGAGCGCCUCCGCCCCCCGGGCGACCGUCAUGGCCGCCUGGGUCAUCGACAGCUACGGCCCCAACGAGGUGCUGAGGUUCACCGAAAACGCCCCUUUCCCCGCGAUCCGUUACCCCAACGAGGUCAUCGUGAAGGUGCUCUCCGCGGGCCUCAACCCCAUAGACCUGAGCAUGAGAGGUGGGUAUGGAGCCGCGACCCUCAGGAUGAGGCGCGACCCCCUCAACGUCAACCGGAGCGGCGGCGAGUUCCCGCUGAUCCUGGGCCGCGACGUGUCCGGCGUCGUCAUGGAGUGCGGCCUCAGCGUGACCUGCUUCCGGCCGGGAGACAAGGUGUGGGCGGCCGUCCCUCCGUGGAAACAGGGCAGCCUGGCCGAAUUUGUGGUCCUCAGCGGGAACGAGGUGUCGCUGAAGCCUGGGUCGCUGAGCCACCCCGAGGCUGCAGCGGUCCCCUACGUGGCGUCAACGGCCUGGUCCACCCUCGUCAACAGCGCUGGGCUCAACAAGGACAACUGCUCCAAGAAACGGGUUUUGAUCAUCGGGGCAUCAGGAGGAGUUGGAACCUUCGCCAUCCAGAUGGUGAAAGCCUGGGGCGGGCAUGUGACUGCAGUGUGCUCCCAGAAUGCCGAGGGGCUCGUGAGAGGAUUGGGCGCCGACCACGUGGUCGAUUACGCAACCGGCGCUGUCGACAUCAAGCUGAAGACCCUCGACAAGUUCGACCUGAUCUUGGACAGUGUGGGCGGGGACACGGAGAGAUGGGCUCCGGGCCUCCUGAAGCCGUGGGCGGGGGCGAGGUACAUUACCCUGGUAACGCCCUUCUUGAGGAACACAGACGCACUCGGCGUCGCCGACGGGAUGAUGCAGUCGGCGCUCACCAUCGCCACCAAGGCACUGAAGCACUUCUCCAAAGGGGUCCACUACCGCUGGGGGUUCUUCGCUCCAAGUGGACCGGCGCUCGAUGAGGUCAGAGAGAUGGUGGACGCUGGCCAGAUCCGCCCCGUUGUGGAGCAGCAGUUCUCCUUCUCCCAGGUGCCCCAGGCCUUCCUGAAGCUGGAGAAGGGCCAUGCCCGCGGGAAGGUCGUGGUCAGCGUCGAUGGGGAUGGCAUUCAGUGAGCAGUGAAGAAGGGAUGCCAUGAAGCAACAGAGGAAGAAGUUGAGGGUUCAGCGGUGAGGAGACGACGGUGAUUUGCAUCACAGAACUGGCACAAGGAAGUGGACAAAACAGUCAUUCAAAAUGUAACAGCAUUUAUUGUGGUUUAGAAUUUACAUUAAAAAUACAGUAAUGGCUGUGGGACAGUAAAUGGUUUUCAGUUUGUCUAAUUCUUACAGCAUACAAAACAUGUCUUUAUAUAGCAGAUAGCUUCAUGGAGUGAAAAUG